CCAUUCCCGAUUACAAUGGCUAAAAACCAACAGUUUACCAUAGGAUGGAUAUGCCCACUCCCUCUAGAAAAAGAAGCAGCGAGACUCAUCCUGGAUGAAGAAUACCCACAGGAAGCCGUCAAGCACCAGAGCGCCUUCUAUCUGGGCGGCCGCAUUGGCAAGCACGAGGUCGUUAUCGGAGUGCAGAGAAGAACAGGUCUUGAUGGCGCUGCCAUCCUUACUGAGAAGAUGCGUGCCGGAUUUCCAAACAUUAAGUACUUUCUCCUGGUCGGGAUCGCAGGAGGCGUGCCACGAUACGGAACGGUAGGUGCUGCCUCUGAGAUAAUGCUUGGGGAUGUGAUCGUCAGCUCGCUACGGGGCAACCAUGGCGGGGUGGUGCAAUACGACAGGGGCAGGUGGAAGGGCGAAGGGCGCCUCAACUUCCGUGGGCAUACGAAUGGCGUUCCCGGCGAUCUGAUGGCCGCCGUCAAUAACUUCCGCGCAGAAGGCUGGUCCAAAACCAACAUCUCGGAGAUGCUGAAGCAGAUGCGUGUUAAGCUGGAUGAGAAGCGACAGCGCCAGUACGAUGACCCGGGACCCAUCCGUGACAGGCUCUUCGAAGACAGCUAUGAGCACAAAGGGAAUGAGUUUGACGACUGCAAAGACUGCUGCGACGCCGACUACACUACGUCCCGUUCGCAACGAGGGGAGAGCGCGUAUUGAUCGCUCGACGAGCCAGCUGUGCAUUUUGGCAACAUCGCGUCGAGCAAUCAGCUACAGAUCUCCGCCGCAGAACGAAACAGAAUCUAGAAAGAGCACGACGUCGUCUGCUUUGAGAUGGAAGCGGCGGGAGUCCAGAACAAGAAAAACCAUACCUCUAAAUCUCCAAAUCCCCACCACAGCAUCAAAACAUCAAAACCAAAAUAUCCAGUCCCUUUCUCUCCUCUACGCAGAUCACCAUCUCCACCCCGAUCCAAACCACAAGAAACCAACACCCCUAUCCUCUCUCUUCUAUCUU